AGCCGAAAUCAAUUUCCUGAAACAAAAUUCAUUAUACUCUUUUAUAUUCUUGGGAGGGUCUCUUCAUUUAUGUCAUCAUCGCGUUCAAACUCUUCAAACUGAAAAAAGUAAAUAAUAAUAAAUGUCACAAUAAAAUAAUAUCCCUUGAAUUGUCUGUUUUAAAAAUAAAAGUAUUUGAAUAUUUAUUAAAUUUGUUAAGUAAUAAUUUAAUUUCAUUUUUUCAUAAAAUACUCUUUUAAAAUCAUCAAGCUCCUCCCCUAACCCUUCUCCAGAGCUCCACCAAGUUACUUCAGCCCAACUCAGAACCACUUGUGUUGUACUGGCGCCAGUCAUCAAACUUCUCCUGCGAUUGCAACUCUACCACUUGACCAAAGCCAUUGUCAGCGACAAGUUCAUAGCCGGAGUUAACCCUAGCUAUCCUCCAUUCAACCAGAUUCGCCGAAAGCCAAUACCAGUCCUGCCUGAUCAGACUCGCCGGCGGCAUCGCCUCCUCCUCCGAUUCCGUCGUAUAUUGUGAGCUGCUAUAAAAAAGAAAAAGAACAGAAAAAACCAGAAUUGUUGUGUUUUCUUUGCGGAAGGAUUACCAGAAAGCAACCAUGGAUGUUGAUUCGCAGCCAACUAUGGAUGAAACAAUUUUGGUUGGUGAUGAUUUAAUGACCGGUCCUCCAUCGCCUGUAGUACCACCGGAAAUAGCCUCCCAUGUCCUCCAAGGUGUUGAUUUGUGUGAUGGACUUCUCAGGAAUCUAUUUCUAUGCUUGCAAAUCAAUGACAUUGAACCAUUUUGUCAAGAUGAAAUUGCUUUAUAUAAGCAAUGUGCUGAACGAAGGGAUAAGGAGAUACGGAAGCGACUUCAAGAUAGUGAAUUGAAGUUGGGUUUAUCAAUGCCUCUAGAUGAAGCCAAUGGGAGGGCCUCUCAGCUUGAGGCAGAAGUUACAUCAUUGGAGAGGCGCCUAAUUCUUGCUAGUGGAAUUGAGGGCAUUGAAGGUUUUCGCCAAAGAUGGAGCCUACAUGGCCGCCUUACUGAUUCCAAAAAUAGGUUGCAGUUCUUAAAGCAGGGCAUAGAUAGCAGAAGAAAAAAGAAUUAGUCCAUUGGAUAAUCAACUACCAAAAAUUGACUCUUGAUGUGAAGAUUGAACCGGCAUGAGGAUGCACCUGUUUAGUUCGUCCUCCCAAUACUCUUUAAAGUUACAACUUUUCUUUUACUUUUUUUAGCUUGGAUGUUUUUCUUUAUCUAAUAUUCCAAAUGAUAAAUCAACCAAGAGUUUGAGAUUUUAAGUCUGUGUUCUGCAUUUACACAUGGAGAUUGAUUAUAAAAUAUUGGAUCUGACCAUUUUUGUGUUUAUUAGGAGUUUUGAUUAGUUGGAUAAAUUCGACCAACCUAUGAGUGUAAAUGAGAAUUGGUCCAAAUAUUUAGCUUACCUAGAUUCAUCGAAACAAACAAUAUAGUGAUAAUCUCUCUUGUAUUAAUAUACACUUUUUCCAGUUUA